AUGGCCUCCAACCCACCUUCCUACACGUCGUCUGGCUCUGUGUCCCGCUCGAAGACCUCACGAGACGACAUUCGGUCGUUGGCAGACGAGAUGCUGAAAGCGUCGCUGACCCGCGGCGCCGCCUCGCCUGCGUCGGUAUCUUCCUUGCCACCCUCCUACCUCCACCCUACAACCCCGGCAUUCCCACCUUCAUCCCGGCCUCCCAAUCAUGCCGACAUGUUGAGCAGUAAGAGAAAUUCCGGUGCCGCCCGCCCGCCAAUCCUAGGGUCGGCUUCGUUCAUCCGUGACAGCAUCACCCGCGACUUCAAAAGCACUAGUGUCAACAGCUCGUCGUCCACACUCUCCAUAUCGGCUGCCGAUGCCAAGGCUCGGGUUCACCAUCUACAGCGGCAAGUGGAGUUGGCUAAGGCCGAUAUGCCACAUCGGCAGACAGGACGACUAUUUAAAGCAGCGUGCUCAACCGACCUACUGUUCCUCAUGGAUACCACGGGGUCCAUGUAUGACUAUAUCAAUGCUGCUAAAGAGCAGGUGAAGAGCAUUGUAGCCGACAUCAAAAAGACAUUUUUCAACGAGCCCGACGUACGUGUUGCGGUGGUGAGUUACAAGGACCACUGUGACCACCCUAAUAUCGAGUUCCUCGACUUCACGCCGUCAACUGAUCAAGUUUUCAAAUUCCUAAGUCGUUUGAACGCCACUGGUGGAGCGGACGCCCCCGAAGAUGUGCUCGGUGGCGUGCACCAGGCGCUGAACGCAUCGUGGAAGCAGCAAACGCGUUGUAUUAUCCACAUUGCAGAUGCACCACCACACGGUGCCGGCGUAUUGAACGACCUUGGUGCGGGCUCAGAUGACUACCCUCACCCCGGGAGUGAGCCGCACGGCCUUACAUAUAAACCACUCCUUAAACAGUUGAUCCAACUCAAUACCAACUACGCGUUGCUCCGCAUCAACAGUUCCACAGACCGCAUGGCCUUGGUCUUCGCCCAGGCUUAUGCCGCCUCUGGUGCCGACGUCAAGCUUCUCCCGUCCAACCGGUAUUCCAGCGAAGUGAAUGGCAAGUACCCUAAAAGUCGCAGUGACCUUUGGAGUGGAGCAAGUAAGAAGCAUGCCGAUCUCCAGUUUGAGGAGAUGGAGCUUGGCACGACGUACGCACAGCUCCAGCAUUUGGUGGUUAGGACCGUCGCUGCGUCUGUUUCUCGCACGGCGGGUCGUAUGUCCCUGGCACUGACCACCCCACCGAAGCUUAGUGCUAUUAGCAGGACAAGAACGAAAAUAGCUACCGAUCUUACCGCUAUCCGGGAGGAUGAGGGCAGCGGCGAGAGCGUUAGGGAGAUAUAUCUCGAGAGAGACCCACCGCAGUGGGACACACCUGGCUGGCUCAACAAGACGCUGACGGUCGAAGGGUUCUUUCACGACCUAGUGAUACAAAGCGCCAACUCGCUCAACGAGAUGAUGAACGCCGAUGAGAACAUCAAGCUGAGCGUUGCACAACUCACCAUCCAUGUACGGUCGAAGCCUUUUGCCGAAGGCUCGGUGCGCGUCGCUUCUUAUGCCCGCACAUCAGCCUCGACAUGCAAGUUCGUGGUCAAGACUUUUAAAGAGGACUGCAAGACGCUCGCGCACCUCGCAGAGGAUAUGCGCAUCCAAGCUCUUUGCAAAGCCUUCGCUCUCGAGUUCAACAGUCUCCUGAAAAUCGAGCCCCCGAUUGACUUUAUUGUUACGACGUGCCUACAGAGCAAGUCGGAAGGCGGCUGCCUAUCGCUUGAGCCGUACAUCGAGGGGGAAUACGUCAAGUAUAACAGCAACAGCAUGUUUGUGAAAGAGGAUCCUCCCGAUGACCCCGACCCAUUCAACCAGAUAGCACAGGCCUUCUCGCACUUCACCUUCGAGCGCUCAUGGGGCCACUUCCUCGUGAACGAUCUGCAGGGAGUAGGCCACCUCCUAACCGACCCAUCCAUCCAAACCCGCGACCACGAAAGGUUCAAGCUGGCAGACACGAACCUCAAUGAAGAUGGCUUCAAGUUCUUCUUCGCCGCGCACAAAUGUAAUUCCACCUGCCACAAGCUCGGGCUUAAGAGCAACAGCGGGAUGGUAAUCUCAAGCCAUUUCACAUUUCGCGAGUUCUGGCCCACCGUUGAACCCACGGUGUGCUGCUCCAACAAGUUCUGCUGCCGGAUCAUCCAUCUAGCUAGCGCCCAUAAGUCCGAUGCGUUCCCGGGCCACCACUGGUGUGAUGCGUGCUGGGUGCAGCUGCAGGCGUCCAUGGACCUCUGGAUUUGCGCCGCCCCUGGUCCGAACCAUGAGUUUCAUAUGAACAAGUUCUUUUAUGAGUCUCAGGGUCAAUUGCCGCCUCACAGGUGUCCAGAACACCGUGAAAGAGACAAGAGUGUGUCGAGUGCGGCGCUGCUGGGUGGGAGCUUGUGGAAUAGGAUGAAGGUUGAGUCCAAGAGAAGGUCGAUUUCUGGGAGGAGCUGGUGA